UGCACAUGACCGGCGAUUGAAUCAUAGAAAAAUCUUUUCAAUAGCACGCUGACAGAAUUCGUUCUGCUUCUAUGUUGGGCGAUUAUUUCGUAAUGUUUCUGAUUCACAACAAGAAGAACUAUUUAAGGAUAACUGUCUUAUCAAAAAUUACACAAAAAUGAAAGUUAUUGACAAAGACUGGCGACCAUUUGUUUAUGGUGGAUUAGCUUCAAUAACUGCUGAAUUUGGCACAUUUCCUAUUGAUACAACAAAAACUAGAUUACAAAUACAAGGCCAAAAAAUUGAUCAUAGACAUGCAGAACUUAAAUAUAAAGGUAUGACAGAUGCAUUUAUAAAAAUUUCUCAACAAGAAGGAGUGAGAGCACUUUAUUCUGGAAUAUGGCCAGCUGUUUUAAGACAAGCUACUUAUGGAACAAUAAAAUUUGGCACAUACUACACGCUAAAACAACUACUUCUUCCUAAUGAUCCAGGGGGAUCACAAAAUGUUGGUAUAAACAUUUGUUGUGCCGUCUUAGCAGGUUCCAUAUCUAGUGCAAUUGCAAAUCCAACCGAUGUACUUAAAGUUAGGAUGCAGGUGCACGGCCAAGGAUUGAAAAAAGGAUUACUAAAAUGUUUUUAUGACAUUUACAAGGAAGAAGGCGUAGCUGGAUUAUGGAGGGGAGUUGGACCAACUGCUCAGAGAGCAGCGGUAAUUGCAGCAGUAGAAUUGCCUGUAUAUGAUUUUUGCAAACAAAAUUUGAUGAAUGUUUUUGGAGAUCAAGUCUCAAACCAUUUUGUAUCAAGUUUCAUUGCUAGUCUUGGCAGUGCAAUAGCUUCAACACCCAUCGAUGUCAUUAGGACAAGAUUAAUGAAUCAGAAAAGAGUCACUAGUGGCAGUAUGACGACAGCAGUUGUAUAUAAUGGAAGUUUUGACUGUGCAUUACAGACUGUGAGAAAUGAAGGAUUUCGAGCCCUUUACAAAGGUUUUGUACCAACUUGGGUUCGAAUGGGUCCAUGGAAUAUAAUAUUUUUCAUAACUUAUGAACAAUUAAAACAAUUCUACUGAAGUACAAAUUUUUAAUCUAUCAGGGUCAUUGCAGAUAAAUAUUUAUGCACAAAUGAGUUAUCUAUAUGUAACAUGAAGGACACAAAUAUCUGCAAUUAGAAUAAAAGUGUACUUAGGUUUUGCACCAAAUGUUAUUAAAAUCUGCAUUUUAUUUCA